AUGGAUGAUUUUAGUAAAAUUAGACGGUUAAAUGGUGAAAUAAGUCAAAUGAAAAAAAACAAUAAUCCGCAUCCUGGCAUUAAAAUAACGUUUGACGAAAAUAAUGUAACCAAAGAUUGGAGAGUAACUUUAGAGGGACCUAAAGAUUCCCUUUAUGAAGGCGGGAAAUUUCACGCAACAGUAAGUUUUCCGGUGAAUUAUCCUUACACUGCCCCAAUAGUAAAGUUUGACACAAAUAUCAAACAUUGUAAUUUUGGAUCUGACGGGAACAUUUGUAUAAGUACUCUAAGUAACUGGACGUCAGCAACGACUGUUGAAUCAGUUAUGAUAGCAAUAUUGGUUUUAUUGUCGGACCCAAAUCCAGAGGACCCCCUAAAUUUUCAACUGGCAAAUCGUUAUAAAAAUGAUAAAAAAAAAUAUGAAGAGGAAAUCAGGGAAUGGGUUAAAAAACACGCAAGUUCUAAUUCCAAUUCUCACGACACGAAAAAAACAACAGCGGUUCCGGAAUAUAAUGAAUCGGAUUCCGACGAUUCCGACACUGACUAG